GAUUACUUAUAUCUUGAACCUCCAUGGAUAAAUCCAACAGCGGCAGUUAACUGUUAUGGAGGUGAAGGAAGCAAAAGCCGAGAAAAGAUAUCUGGCAUGUGGGUUAGCCUUUUCUUUCUUACAUUAGCAGACUAAGAAGCUGAUUCUCGUAGAUAAUGUUCAGGGAGAAAAAUGGUAGAUUAAAGAGCUUUAAAUAGUAGAAUCAAAUGAAAUUAUUCCUGUAAUGAAAGGCAAAAACAGAUGUAUUAGAACCGAAUUAUUCCUGUAAUGAAAUUACUUUCGUAGAUAGUGCUGUUCAGGGAGAAAAAUGGUAUCUACACAAACACAAUAUGCUAUAGAUAAAAUAUACAUAACGAAGAUGUAUUAGGGGCAAAAUGAAAACCGAGUCAAAUCAAUCAUGCUUUUUUUUUAUACAAAAAAAAGGAAAGAUAUUAUAAUAAACUGUGUAUUGGUUGGCUAGCUACAAUUAUUGGCUAUAGUGUUGAAGAACAUAAAGUUGUACAGUAGUCAACACCACAAAGCUCGAGAAAGAGAGCUAGGCUAAAAUGGCAGAAACUGCAGUGUCUUUUGCGAGUAAGCAUGUGCUUCCAAAAUUUUUGGAAGCUGUAAAGAUGCUGAGAGAUCUACCAAAAGAAGUAGCAGAAGUUGCAGAUGAACUAGAAAGCUUUCAAGAUUUCAUCCAUGAUGCAGAUAAAGUGGCAGAAGCUGAAGAGGAUAAAAAUAGGCGUGAUAGAAUAAGAAAAAGGUUGAUGAAGCUGAGAGAAGCAGCUUUUCGCAUGGAAGAUGUAAUCGAUGACUAUGUGAUAUGUGACGAAAAACAACCUGAAGAAGAUCCUCGAUGUGCAACUUUACUCUGUGAAACUGUUGAAAUCAUCAAAACUCAAAUCCUUCGCCUGCAAAUAGCGUAUCAGAUUCAGGAUGUUAAGUCACUUGUUCGUGCCGAAAGAGAUAGCUUCAAAAACCAUUUUCCUAUAGGACCAAGAUCAGACGGUUCUAGAAGAAAUGAAAACUUCACAUGGCAGAAACUUCGAAUCGAUCCUCUGUUUAUUAAGGAAGACGAGGUUGUUGGAUUUGAAGGCCCUAUACAUACAUUGAAAAAAUGGUUGACAGAGGGAAGAAAAGAACGCACUGUCAUCUCUAUUGUAGGAAUGGCAGGAUUGGGAAAAACCACUCUUUCUAAGCAAGUUUUUGACAGGGUACAUACAGACUUUGAGUGCCAUGCGUUGAUUACAGUGUCUAGAUCCUACACUGUUGAAGAGUUGCUGAGGGAUAUGACGAACAAGCUUUGCAAAGAAAGAAUGGAGGAUCCUCCUCGGGAUGUUGCAACUAUGAAUCAAAUGUCGUUGAUAGAAGAAGUCAGAAACCGUUUGUGCAAUAAGAGGUAUGUUGUCUUGUUUGAUGAUGUAUGGAAUGAAACAUUUUGGGAUGACAUUGAAUUGGCUCUGAUUGAUAAUAAAAAUGGAAGUAGGAUAUUAAUCACUACCCGGGAUGAGAAGGUUGUGAAUUUCUGUAAAAAAGCUUUAUUUUUUGAGGUGCAUAAGUUACAACCUUUGAGUAAAGCAAAAUCAUUGGAGUUGUUAUGUAAGAAGGCGUUUGGGUAUGGUUUUGAUGGAUGUUGUCCAAAAGAUUAUGAAGAAGCAGGUCUGGACAUUAUUAGGAAGUGUGAAUGUUUACCUUUAGCAAUUGUGGCAAUUGGUAGUCUUUUAUAUAGAAAAUGUAAAAGUUCAUCUGAAUGGCACCUUUUUAGUCAAAAUCUAAGUUUGGAGUUGCAGAGCAAUUCCGAGUUACACAGUGUAACAAAAAUUUUAAGUUUGAGUUACGAUGAUUUGCCACAUAAUCUCAGGUCAUGUUUGUUAUAUUUUGGAAUGUAUCCUGAAGAUUACGAAGUUAAAUGUGGUAGAAUAAUUAAGCAGUGGAUAGCUGAAGGGUUUGUGAAACAUGAAAGUGGAAGAAAUCUAGAAGAAGUGGCACAACAACAUUUAAUGGAGUUGAUCAGUCGAAGCCUAGUACUAGUAGCAUCAUUUACUACAGAUGACAAAGCUAAAACAUGUCGUGUUCAUGACUCAAUACAUGAAAUGAUUCGUGGAAAAAUUAAGAAUACAGGGUUUUGUGAGUAUAUUGAUGAGCAUAAUCAUUUGGAGUCAAGUGGUAUCAUUCGACGCUUAACAAUAGCAAGAAAUUCCAAUGGUUUAAGUGGAUCCAUAGAAGAAUCACAAAAUAUUCGGUCAAUUCUAAUUUUUACAAAUGAAGUGUCAUCUGAAGACUUCACCAGACGCUUGCUUGCAAAAUACAUGCGGUUGAGGGUGCUCGAUUUUGGAUAUGCUCCAUUACAUGAUGUUCCUGAAGAUUUGGGGAGUUUAAUCCACUUAAAGUAUUUAAGCUUCCGCGGUACAUUCAUAAGUGGCCUUCCAAAAUCCAUCAGUAAGCUCCAGAACUUAGAAACUCUAGAUGUACGAGCAUUUGGGGAGAUUGAGGUACCAAAGGAGAUUACCAAGCUGAGAAAGCUACGUUAUCUAUUGGGUAACCCAAUAUCUUCCAUUGCAGUGAAGGAUAGUCUUGGGAGCAUAACAUCUCUGGAAAAGAUGCAUGUAUUGAUAAUAGAUCCAGAUGGAGUAGUUAUUAGGGAGCUUGGAAAGCUAAAGCAAUUAAGGGAUCUGAGGCUUACCAUGCUUAGGGGAGAUCAAGCUGAUACUCUUUGUUCCUCAAUAAACGAGAUGCCACUCUUGGAGCGACUACAUAUCUCUUUAAAAUAUGGGACUGAAACAAUUGACUUGCACAUUAGGUUAUCCUUGUCUAAACUAAGGAAGCUUCGCCUAUAUGGCAGUUUAAAAGAGUUACCAAAUUGGAUUCCGCGACUCCAAAAUCUUGUGAAAUUGUCUUUGGUUGAAUCCAGGUUAACUAACAUUCGAUUGGCAGAUCUUGGAAGUAUGCCAAAUUUGUUGUUGCUCUCUUUUGACUCUAAUUCUUAUGAUGGAGAAACUUUACAUUUUGAAAAUGGAGGAUUUCAGAAAUUAAAGGAACUACAUCUCAAUGGUUUGCAGCAAUUGAGCUCCAUCUUUAUUGAUAGCGGAGCACUGCAAUCUUUGGAAAAGCUUCAGAUAAUGAGUAUUCUCCAACUGAAGGCAGUACCCUGUGGCAUUCAACACUUAAAGAAACUCCAAGUUCUCGACAUCUUAUAUAUGCCGACCGAAUUUCAACAAAGGAUUGACCCCAACGGAGGAAAAGAGCAUUGGAUGAUCAAACAUGUGCCCGAUGUACAUUUUGUCACGAAAAAUCGUGCUUUGCUAUUGGCUGAGAGAGCAGCUGAAAUUUUUUCUUCGCGGUUAUAGAGGUCUAUUAUAUGUUGGUUGACUCAUGGCUUGGAACUACUCAAAAUCUAGAUCUCCCAUAUUAUGUAUGGACUCUCUGGUAUGUCCAUUCAAGAAAUCCAACAACUGAUGUUGUCUGUGAAAAGUGUUAUACGAAUUGGAGACUGAAUAAAAGUACCUACUCGUCCUGAUUUGUCCAGUUGAGGAACCCAUCAUUGUUGGUCAUAAACAUCAAAAUUUGUGGUUUAAGUAUGGAUGCAAGUGAUGCUGCAUAUUGCUUUUGGGAUGGCCUUUGUCUCUAUUCUAGCUUUUGGUGUUUGUUAGCGUAUAUGCACUAUGGUUUUCUUUAUUCUAUGUGUGUCCCUUUUCAUCACAUUCCAUCAAGAGUAUUGAUAAUAGAAGCCAAACUGCCAACUCAAGCUCAAUUUCAUCACAUUAGAAGACUCGCGUCGCGAUGUGUUGAGAUAAACUUAAUUAAAUUUAAGGGUUUAUUUGUAAUUUCGUUUUAGUUUUAUUUUGUUUUUCAAUGUCGUUUUGUUUUCCAGUUUUUCGUUUUCAGUUGUCACGUGUGGUAAACGGUUUCUGUUGUAAACAGGUUGAUGCUGCGUAUCUUUCUAUUUUUAUUGUACUCGGCCAUAUCUUUCUAUUUUUAUUGUACUCGGCCAGUUUUAUGUUUGGUUUAAUCAUUCAGUCAGUCCUAAUUUUUGCGUGGAAUCUCAAUUUCGUUCUUUUCUUUUUCGUUUUCUCAAUUGGGUUCCAAAUUUUGAAAAAUUGGAUCAAUCAGAUCCUUUCCCUUAAGUUGGGGUUUACGGAGUUAACUAUGUGUGUAAUGUGGAAACAGGAGUCAGUUAGUUAUAUAUACGUGGUUGACUUAGUUAAAAUAGAACUAAAGCAACGUUUUAUUAAAAUUGGAAAAAGGUAAAGUUUUAUUAAAAUUGUAAAAAAACAAUUUAUUAAAUUGGAAGAAAAGCAGCAACGUUUAUAAUAGGAAUUGGGAUUGGGAGGGUACGUUUUCGAAUUAGGGAUUGAGGGGAAGAAAUUUGUUCUGCUAGGGUUCGUCAAAAGUGUCAUCAAUUUCAUCAUUUGGGAUCUCGUGAGAGGGAAGUUGCAACAGCAGAUGAAGAAGAAAAGGAAGAAGAGCAAAAAGAUGAACAGAACAAAGACAAAGAAUUUUCAUAUUCUUUGGGUUUUCUGAAGAAAUGUGGCAAUCGAAUGAAAGGUUUAGAGUGCACUGUGUUGUAGAGAAAAGAAGAGGUUUUGAUUGGAUGAAUGACAUGGUUCACCAACAUGAAGUGCCUCUACAUCCCCAUGACAUGAGAAAUCUUUUCAGAGUUCCUGCGAAAAGCAAAAAUAAUUGAUCUGU